CCCCCCUUCGCCUUGCCUCUCCCGCUGGACAGCGACGCCCCAGGGACCCCCGGCACCAGCCCUCGCCGCCUGGAGAGCAGCCUGUUGGACACGCUACCGGGCCGGGCCCCGGGUACCCCGCUCAAAGACAACCAGAACAAUCUCAACCUGCCGCCGGCCCCCAGCCUGCCCCAAAGGAGGCCGCCCGGGCUGCGGGGCCCGGCAGAGGGGGACAGGGGAGACCACGACAAACAGCAGGGGGCACGGGGCCGGGCCACCGAAUCCCAGGAGAGAUUUGAAUGCUUGGACUGCCGCAAGUCCUACCACACCUUCUCCGGGCUGGCCAAACACCUCCAGCAGCGCUGCCUGCUGCAGGCCAGGAAGUAUUUCAACUGCAAGUACUGUGACAAGGAGUACAGGAGCCUAGGGGCGCUCAAGAUGCACAUCCGCACCCACACGCUGCCGUGCGUCUGCAAGAUCUGCGGCAAAGCCUUCUCCCGGCCCUGGCUGCUCCAGGGACAUAUCCGAACACACACAGGUGAAAAGCCCUACAGCUGCUCGCACUGCAGCCGCGCCUUCGCCGACCGCUCCAACCUCCGCGCCCACCUGCAGACGCACUCGGAGGUCAAGAAAUACCAGUGUCGGGGCUGCUCCAAAACCUUCUCCCGGGUGUCUCUGCUCUCCCGGCACGAGGAAGCCGGCUGCUGCCCCGCACUGUGACCCCCUGCUGCCCAUGGCUACGAGGGAGCCCACUGUCAGCCUGGGCAUCUCUGGGCGAGCUUCCGGCACCCCGCCACGGGGCAGGCGGACCUGUGCUCGCAUGGGCGAAGGCGCCAGUUGCCGGGGAUGGUGGAGAUCCAACCCUCUUUUCCCAGCUGUGCGUGUUGCGCUAAAUGGCACCUGCUCUGCCAAGGAUGGUGCUGGAGGCCUGGCAAACUCGUGGCAGGAAUGACUUGUGUGGAAAGGGAGAAGAGACUCUUCCAGGCCAGCGCGGAGCUGUGGGGCGGGAGAACUGGAUCACCCCCAAACCCCACGCUGCUUCCUCUCUGCUCGCCGGCCUGGAAGCACCGUUUGUCUGCACUGUCCAGGGUUCCAAGCACAGCCCGGCCUGGGGGUGGGGGGAAUAGCCUCUAGUCAUUUCUGCCCCCCAUCCUUUGCAUCAAGGGCUGGGGGGUGGUCCCAUGCAACUCGCCUGCCUCUCCCCUGCCACCCCUGCGCCGUGUCCGGUCCCCACCUGCAUGCUGCCGCUGUGGCUGCCCAGGUGGGAUCUUCUGCUGGGUUGGGUUUGAUUGCCUGGUGUCCAAUAAAAAAAUAAAACCCACAGCCUGCACAGGGAGCGUGGUCUUGCUGCCCUAGGAGCGCUCGUGAAAAGGGUGCAGGCUGCUUCCUGCUCCACCGUGGUGACGUGCUCCCACCCAGCCUCAGCACUCACCUGAGCCGGGGUUAUUGUAUGGGUGCAGCAGCUAAGACCCCCCGUCUUGGGGCAGGGUCCCAUUGCACUAAGCGCUGAAAAAACCCAGCGUCCGGCCUAAGGAUCUGACCGGCAGCGGGGGCUGGAGCCGGGAUGCAGAAACAAGGAGACGACAGAGGUUGGCAGCCGGGGAGCCGGCUGGCGGGGGCUGUGCAGACACAGCAGAGGAAUUGCUUCUGGGCGGUCUGGCUUAUCGCUCCCCCGGGCGUCUGCGUCUCCCCCUUCGGGGCGUGGCCUGGUUGCCCGUGGACCCAGGCGUGUCCUCCAGCCCCCCAACGCGCCCUGGCGCUUGCGUUGCCAGGCGCUGCUGGAGGGCGGCUCCCAGCCCUGCAAUCUCGGCUGGUGCUCGGGGCUUUUUUAAGGGCCUUGU